UCUGAUAAAAGUAUUAUCUUUUCGAUAAAACCCCGUUCGACAUUUGUGGACGGACAUCGAAGCGGCAUCAUGCGUCUGACAUUAUUGUUUUUAGCCAUUUUCUCGUUGUCCCAAUCGUGGGCGUGGGACUCCGAGGCAGACACGCUGAAUGUGGUCGACUUAUCCCAGGUUAACCCGGACUCCCGCAUCAUCGGCGGGACGUCCACCACCAUUGAGCGGUUCCCCUACGCUGUGCAGGUUCAAAGAAGCAAUCAGCUGACGUGUGGCGGGACGCUGCUCACAAACCGAGUCGUGCUCUCGGCCGCGCACUGCUUUGUUGAUCGAUUAACACCCAGGCCAGACCCGUCGCAGUACACCAUCAGGGCUGGUACCGCGCUACGAGGAUCUGGCGGUACCACGAGCCGGGUGUCGGUAAUAGUGGUGCACCAGUCGUACAACACGGUGACGCACGACGCCGACGUGGCGCUAAUGGUGCUGGCCUCACGACUGAGCUUCAGCACAAGAAUCAACAGGGCCAGUCUGCCCAUGCAGGGACAGUCGCUGCCGGUCAACACGGGACUCAUACACGUCGGCUGGGGGACUACCAUUGCGGGAAUCAACGCGUUGCCGACGACGCUGCAGGAGGUAACUGUGCGGAAGGUGAACUGGACGACAUGCGCGGAGAGGUACCGCUACCUGCAGGCCAUCACAGGCGAACCCUUCCUCGUCACUACCAACAUGAUAUGCGCUGGACUUCUUGAUGUUGGAGGCGCAGACGCGUGCCAAGGCGACAGCGGAGGCCCGCUGCUGUACGGAAACAUCGUGGUCGGCAUCACGUCGUGGGGCUACUCCUGCGGUCACCCAUCAUACCCUGGCGUCAGUGCGCGCGUCGCUUCCUACCAAUUGGAUCAACGCCACGGUCAACCAAUACAGCAGCAGUCCACGGCUCAGUGGCAGCACGACCGCGACAUCAUUGCUCCUGGUGACGUCACUCUUGGCUUCAUUCACGCUGAUGAUCAAGGACUUUUAAUGAAUUUAUCUUUUUAUAAUCUCACCAAGGGAGUGUUUUUAUUCCCUUGCCCCGAGAUGAGUCUAGAGAAAUGUUAUUUUUUGCUAUAAUAAAGUAUAGCAGAUUAUUGACAAAACUAUUUAUAUUUUUUUAGUAUCUGUUAUUCACUUUCAAAGUACUGUAAGCGUAAUUUGGUACCUCAAUUGUAAAUACGCAGUAAAUGUUUGUAUUUAGGAUAAUAAAUUUAUUUUUAUACAAA